CUAGAAAGAGAAAGAGAGAGAGAUAGAAAGAGAGAGAGACAGACAGAGAGAGAGAGAAAGGGAGAAAAUCUCCCAUCCUUUCACUGAAUUGUAAUAAGCCGUCUUGCUCACCCCACUCCUCCGGAAAAGAUGAAAUACAUCAUAGGAAUAGGAGGUGUGACCAAUGGGGGCAAGACCACUUUGACCAAUAGACUUAUCCAAGCCCUCCCCAACUGUUGCGUGGUCCACCAGGAUGACUUCUUCAAGCCACAAGAUCAAAUACAAGUCGGGGAAGACGGCUUUAAGCAAUGGGAUGUUUUGGCUUCCCUCGAUAUGGAGGCGAUGGUCAACACCGUGAAGGCCUGGAUAGAGAACCCCGUCAAGUUUGCCCGGUCGCACGGAGUCAGCCUCUCGCGCCCAUCGAAGGUGCCCGACUCGGACGAUAUCCACAUAUUGGUGGUGGAGGGAUUUCUGCUUUACAACUACAGGUCUCUGGUGGACCUGUUUGAUAAGCGCUACUACUUGGCCGUCCCUUAUGAUGAGUGCAAACGGAGGAGGAGUACACGUCAAUACACCGUUCCUGACCCUCCUGGUCUAUUUGACGGUCACGUUUGGCCCAUGUAUCUUAAACACCGGAAGGAAAUGGAGGCCAGUGAAGUCAACGUUGUUUAUUUGGACGGGCUGAAGUCCCGAGAUGAUCUUUAUCUGCAGGUCUUUGAAGAGAUUCACAACACGCUCCUGAAUUCUUCAUAGGAUCUGUGGGAAAAGAUCCAUGUACAGAUUUGAUGUAAAUACAUUUUUUUAGCAGAAGCAUGGAGGACUGACUUUUUCCAGCACCGGCUGGAGACUCUUCCUUUAGGAAGCAAUUUAUGUAUAUAAUUGAAUGCUAAGAUGACUUAUUUACCACACAACUGUGGGCAGUUGUGUUUUUAAAAAUAAUCUUAUUUUAUAUGCUACCAAUCUUAUGUUUUUCAGCUGCGUUUUUAUACCUGGAUGGCGUUUGUAAAAUACUACUGCUUAGGCCCUUUAGCAGGAAUAGCUUCUGUAACGGCGGGAUUUGUGUAAUAAAGACCGCAAUGUAUAUUCAAUAAAGAUUUGAGAGAUUUCGUAUCGUACCCACUACAAAGAUGGUAUGAAGUCAGUUUUAGUCAUUCCAGGAUUAAACAGUUCUCCUCCCAACAGAAUUUGAUGGAUGGACACGAUGAAAGAAAUUGGAUGAUUCAGCUCCAGUGUUGGGAUGCGAUUGU